GCGACCGGCUCUUCCGAGAUGAAGCGCACGGUGCCGCUUCAACGUCGAUGUCUGGUUGGAGAAGAUUUAAUUCAAGCUUUGCUAAGUGUCCUUCCUCAAAUGUGAAGUCGUCAUCAUUCGGUCUGCUUCCUUUUUCUAAACGUUUUCUCCUGGAUUGUUUUCUGAUUCGCUCAUGAACCAACUUGUCUCAAAACUGAAAUGUUUUUUUUUCUCCUCCCGGAGGUGCAGGUGAGAGAGAGUCCGAGAGGCAACCGGCACAGAUCUACUGCAUCCGAAGUGGAAGAAAGAUGAGCAGCACAGCGACAACCGAGAAGGCCGACGUGAGCGGAGACACCUGGACUCUGCACACGGAGGGCAUCCCCGCCGACACGCUCAGCCAGGUGCAGAGGUACCUGGAGCGUUUCCAUCUGACCCGGGAGAAGCUCCAGGAGGUGUCUGCUCGGCUGAGGAAGGACCUGACUCGGGGUUUGGGGAAACACUCUCACCACAAGGCGCCCGUGAAGAUGCUGCCCACCUUCGUCAGGGCCACGCCGGACGGGACGGAGAAGGGCGACUUCCUGGCGCUGGAUCUCGGUGGAACGAACUUCCGGGUGCUUCAUGUGCGCGUGGUGGAGGAGCAGCAGAAGGUGCUGAAGAUGAACAGUCAGAUCUGCGCCAUCCCGAAGGAAAUGAUGCAGGGGACCGGAGAAGAGUUGUUCGACCACAUCGCCGCCUGUCUCAACGACUUCCUGCUCUCUCAGAAUCUGAAGGGACAAACGCUUCCUCUGGGUUUCACCUUCUCCUUCCCCUGUGAGCAGAAAGAAAUCGACAAGAGCAUCCUGAUCCGAUGGACCAAAGGCUUCAACUGCUCCGGAGUGGAGGGCGAAGAUGUGGUGAAGUUACUGAAGGAGGCCAUUCACAGGAGAGGGGACUACGACAUAGGCUCAGUUGCCAUGGUGAACGACACAGUGGGCACGAUGAUGAGCUGCGGCUUCAGAGACCAGAGCUGUGAGAUCGGCAUGAUCAUCGGCACGGGAACCAACGCCUGCUACAUGGAGGAGAUGAAGAACGUGAAGCGCGUGGAGGGCGAGGACGGGCGCAUGUGCAUCAACACGGAGUGGGGCGGCUUCGGGGACGACGGCUCCCUGAGGGACAUCCAGACGGAGUUCGACGUCGCGGUGGACGAGGCGUCCAUCAACCCCGGCGUCCACACCUUUGAGAAGAUGAUCAGCGGCAUGUAUCUGGGUGAGAUCGUUCGGCUUCUGCUGGUGAGGCUGACGGAGGAGCGGCUGCUGUUCGGAGGACGCGCUUCGGACGCGCUGCUGACCCCGGGGGCCUUCGAGACAAAGUUCAUCUCCGAGAUUGAGGAGCCGGACAACGGCCUGGAAAACUCUCAGAGAGUCCUGAGCGAGUUUGGCUUGAAGUGGGACACGGUCGACUCCCGCGUGGUGCGCCUGGUUUGCGACGCCAUCUCCUCCCGCUCCGCCCGCCUGUGCGGCGCCGCCCUGGCGACCCUGGCCAACCGCAUCCGGGUCAACCGUCGGCUGGAGCGUCUGAAGACCACCGUGGGGGUGGACGGGACGGUCUACAAGAAGCACCCCAAUUUCAGCGAGGAGCUCCACAACACGGCGCGCCUCCUCGCCCCCCAGUGUGACAUCACCUUCCUCGUCUCGGAGGACGGCAGCGGGAAGGGCGCUGCCAUGGUGACGGCUGUGGCGCAGCGGCUGGCUCGCCAGUCCCGCCUGUUGGAGGAGAGUGACGGUGAGGUCGACGAUGAUGAAGAGGAGGAGGAGGAGGAGGAAGACCAAUAGAGACUCGGAAGUAGAUGGUGCACAAUUAUUGUUUGAUUUUUUUUUUUUAAGCUGAACUUAUAAAUCAGUAAGUUUUGUUUCGCCACAACAGUGAGUCAAACUUUUGUUGCUCAGCAAAGGAAGGAAGAAAACUAGUAACCACGGAUGUAAGAAAUACUGCAAACGUCAUGCAGAAUUUAGAAAGCAUUCACACAAUGAAUCCUUGGUGAUUAUAAACAUGACUUUUGUCUCCACAAGCCCCCCCCCC